UACAUCAUCAACAUUCUCUGGGCAUAUAGCUCCUAGAAUUAAUAGAUCCAACCAUAACCUCACUUCGCCUAAUAACCGAAUUCAAGCGGCCGUGACGGACCAUGACAGCAAAAAGUUCGGGUGAAUAUAAGUUGAUCUUGCAUGGUUGUAACGGUUGUAGUGAUUGUUGUGUCGUUGGUGGUCAAUGGUAAUCGUAAGCGGCGUAAGGAUGUCGUAUUAUUUGUUGUGUUUAUCGAAAAGUUGAAACGCAACUUCUAUUUUUCGGCAUGUAAAGAGACAUGGAAUGAACUUUCAUAGACAGAAGUGACAGAAGUACACAGUACUCCAAGGCUAGCAUCAACAGGUAGAAAUGUAUAUGAUACAGUAAUAUUGGAAUAACAUGGAUUAUGUCAAAAAUGAACCUGAUGCUGACAAUGGAAGUUUUUUAGUACGUCCAACUACGGAUGCUACAGUUACGGAAAUAAAACAUGAAGAUCAUCUGGAACCACCAGUAUUCUGUGCCGUGAAGAGUGAACCUCAGGAGGACGUGAAUAAUUUCAAAGAAGAACCUUCCUCAGAUUCCCCAUGCAGUGAUGAUGAACUCACUCAUGGCCAUUAUUUUGCGGCUGUACCAGUACAGUUGAUGAAAUCUGAGCGUGGGGAGGAAGUACAGGAUGUCAAUGUACUCAAGGAAGAACUAAAGGAAGAUGUUACAUCAAAUGAACAUGAAGCAUCUGUGGGAUGUGUGGCUGAGUUUACAGAUGAAGACGCACCCAGCUGUUCAUCACUUGCAGAUCAGAAUACCUCCAAAUGUGAUAUUUCUGGGGAAGGUGGAAAUUGUAUUAGGCAGCAGAAAUUCACCAACAGUGGAAAGAAACAUGUGAAGUAUAAUUCCACAUGUCCUGGAAACAGUCAAAGUCUUGCUAGGGAAAAACCAUUCAAAUGUGAGACUUGUGGUAAACGAUAUUCUUACAGAAGUCAUUUAGCUACACAUCACCAUAUACAUACUGGAGAUAAAGUUUCCAAAUGUGACAUUUGUGCACUGAGUUUUACAGAUCCUGGUGAGCUAGUAAUACAUUGUCAGAUUCAUACAGGAGAGAAACCGUUCAAGUGUGAAUUUUGUGGUAAAGGAUUUGCUGCUAAUGGAACUCUGGUAACCCAUAGAAGAAUACAUACAGGUGAGAAGCCAUUCAUUUGUGAGAUGUGUGGGAAGGCUUUCUCAGUUGGUAGUAGUCUAGUGCAACACCGUCGUACUCAUACAGGAGAAAAACCUUUCACAUGUGAGGUAUGCAGUAAAGCAUUUGCUCGGUCUGGUCACCUAGUAAAUCACCGUCGUAUACACACUGGAGACAAGCCGUUUAUAUGUGAUAUAUGUAAUAAAGGUUUUGCAGAAUCUGGCCCAUUAGUUAAACAUCGUCGUAUUCAUACUGGAGACAGGCCGUAUAAGUGUGACAUUUGUGGUAAAGGAUUUGGAGACAGCAGCAGUUUAGUUGGACACAAGAGAUCUCAUACUGGAGAGAGACCAUUUACAUGUCAUAUUUGUUACAAAUCAUUUUCUUGGAGUGGUCAUCUGAUUACACAUCUACGCACGCAUAAUGGGGAGAAAACUCUAGUUUGUGAUAUUUGCACUAAACGAUUUGCAGAACCUCGCUUGUUAGUUAAGCAUCUCCGCCUUCAUAAUGGAGAAAGACUGUUCUCAUGUGAUACGUGUAAUAGAACUUUCUCAGAAGAAAGCAGUCUUCUGGGAUUUGGCACCGUGAUAGGUUUGUUUGAUUUCUUUGUGAAUGAUAAUGGUUAA